UUUACUUUCGAUAUUAACCGCUUUGGACCUGAUAGCCGAAGCAUACUCUUUUUGGUGCUCGCAACUAAAUCAACAAAAAUGAGAGCAAUCAUCACUUUCGCCCUGUUCUGUGUGCUGUACGUCACUGUACAAGCUAAAACAUCCAGUCCCAAGGUUCAGGUGUACAGCCAUUUUCCUGGAGAGUAUGGAAAGGAGAACACCCUAAUCUGCCAUGUGAGUGGCUUCCACCCUCCUGAUAUCACCAUUGAACUGCUGAAGAAUGGCGAAGUUCUCCCUAAUACUCAGCAAACUGACCUGGCCUUCGAAAAGGGCUGGCAGUUUCACCUUACCAAGAGCGUCACCUUCAAACCAGAGAGAGGAGAAGAAUACACCUGCAAAGUUCGACACAUGAGCAAGACAAAUUCCUAUUCUUGGGAGUCCAACAUGUAAAGUUAAAACAGUCAAAGCCGGACAAAGGACAGUUAACUUCUCAUGUUUUGGACUUUUUCCAUCAUCUGCAGAAACCAUAAUAUCCUGCUGUUCCAAUUUUACAAACCCGCUGUUUCUCGAGAUGCACUAUUCACACAAAUGACUUUGUAACUUCCGCGAUUCAUUGAUUUUAGCUUUUCCUUGAGUUGACAUUCUUUUUCUCCAUGAGAGUAAGCAUAAUUUAACCAAAGUUGCUUCAUGUUUUGGAUAAUUUUCCGGGUUCUUUUCACUGUUUCAUUCCUUUGCAUGUGUAAAUUCUGUGUAGUACAAGCGGUAGCAGUUAGGUGAUUGUAUAUGUAAAAUAAUUGGCAAUGUUUAUGCCUAAUUUUGGGCUUUAUUUUGUAAUUAAAUACAAAUAACACAAUCAAUUCUCUCUUUAAAACAGUUGCAAACCAGGUAUUUAAUGAAUAUGAAUGAUUCAAUUUGACAUAUUGUUUCAGAGAAAAUGUCAUUCUAAGUGGGGAAAAUACAAUUUUGAAAACCUA